CAGAUCGGGCACUAUGAUCGACGACGACGAGGAUGACUACGAAGGAUAUUUUCUUCGCCCUGCCAACGAGUACAACAUAAAGGAAAAAAUCAUUCAAGCGAAUCAGGAAUCGUUUGCCAUCCCAACACCACCCUCCCCACGGCAGCACGCGAGUGGUGAACGCCGGGUAACCUUUCGCGAGCAGCUAGUCGACUACGAACCGGACGAUUACAGCAGCGAGGAUGAUGGAUACACCGGUGGAUGUGGUGGUGGUAGUGGUUCGGGUGGCUCAGGUCAGAAGAAAAACGCUAUAAUCGAAACGGUGGCAGAUGUGCAUCGGGACGGGAGUGGUGGAGGGGAUGGAACGAAUGCGGACACGAUCAUCGAGGACUUGCACCUGGAUGACCGAGGCAUGACACCAGACCACGAGCAGGGGGACGAUGAGGAGGAGGUAGUGGUAGAAGAGGAACAGCUGGAAGGGGAGUACGAUGAGGAUGGCGAAGGAACGGACGAUCGCAUGGAGAAACAUAAGACUGGUGUGGAGGGUGAAUCGGUGGUAUCUGAGGAGGAUGACGAAGUGGAGGAGGAAACAGUACCCCAGGAUGAGCAAGUAGUGGAGGUAGAAGAGGAGGAGGAAGAGGAGGAACCGACUGACGGAUCAAGCAUGGACACGGAAAUUCACAACCCCGAAAGCAGUGAGGAUAUCAGUAGCAGUCCACUGAAGACGUAUCGCAGUGAGGCUGACUCCCGUUCCGGUUCCGGUGAUUCACAGGCAGAGGAGGCUAAUCCUGGCGAAGAGGAGGACGGGAACGGUGAUAACGAGGUACACUACGAAGACGAUAAUGAUGACGAUGAGCAAUCGUUCUAUCGUGAAAGAUCGGCCCACAACGGCGAAGAGCGUGACUCGUCGUCCGACGGUGAACGUCCUCUCGAUGCACACCGCGCCAAACGGUCGUCAACCUGCCGCCGGAAAUGCUGCCGGCAUAAAAAAUCGUCCGGUGAAAAGUUGCCGUACUACAAUGGGUUCCGUUCCGAGUAUGGACUGUCGCGGGAGGAGCUGGAAGAGAAGAAACGGCGACUAGAGGCCCGAAGGCAACGGGUCCGAGAGCGGCAACAGCGUCGUACAGCGGAACAACGUCAGAAGGCACAAUCGAACGAGGAAGCGUUUGCGGCCUGGUUGCACGGCAAGUUGCGGAACUCGAUCAACAAACAUCAGAACAUGUACGACGUGAAGCAGAGCAGUUCGUCCGGUCGGCAGCAGCAACAGAAUCCGAAAUUCCGUCGUCGGAACGGUAUCCACACGAUGCAGCAAAUUUCCUACGGUUAG